AUGUCCUGGGUCUGCCCUUUGAGACCCUCUGCCGCAGGACUAACUGGAAACAUUUUCCCUCUUGUCAGUGGGAGUCGAUCUUCGAAAACAUUCAAACCCAAGAAGAACAUUCCUGAAGGCUCCCAUCAGUAUGAACUCUUGAAACAUGCGGAAGCGACUCUGGGGAGCGGUAACCUUAGACAAGCGGUUAUGUUGCCGGAGGGAGAGGACCUUAAUGAGUGGAUCGCAGUUAACACGGUAGAUUUCUUCAACCAAAUCAACAUGCUGUACGGGACCAUUACGGAGUUCUGCACGGAGGCGAGCUGUCCGGUCAUGUCUGCAGGACCAAGGUACGAGUACCACUGGGCAGACGGCACCAACAUAAAGAAGCCGAUCAAGUGCUCAGCUCCAAAGUACAUCGAUUACUUGAUGACGUGGGUACAGGACCAGCUGGAUGAUGAAACGCUCUUCCCUUCAAAGAUCGGCGUCCCUUUUCCCAAGAACUUCAUGUCGGUGGCCAAGACAAUCCUGAAGCGGCUGUUCCGCGUCUACGCCCACAUCUACCACCAGCACUUCGAUUCCGUCAUGCGGCUGCAGGAGGAGGCCCACCUCAACACCUCCUUCAAGCACUUUAUCUUCUUCGUGCAGGAAUUCAACUUGAUCGACAGGCGGGAGUUGGCUCCUCUGCAGGAACUGAUCGAGAAGCUGGGCUCCAAGGACAGAUAGACUUUCCCUGGGAGGACCC